GACAUGAUAUGGCCCUCCCCACAUUUAAACAUGGCCGCAGUGUCUACGAUUCUAGUAGUAUCGUAGGAUAUAAUCGGGCUGAACUCUUCUAAUCGGGAAUGCAGUACUGAAGGAUAUGGUAUCCGAUGCUAGUCUUUCGCCGUGUUCUGGUCUCGGCUUUGAAGAUGUAUGACUCCAAACUAACGGAAGAGUUUUAAGGUUGCAGUGGAAUAAGAGAGACUCGAAAACUUAAUGCACAACAUCACUGCACCAGUCUAACGUGAAAGGACGGUACCAGUCGAGCUUGCUGGCUGGCAGUAAGAACAUCGUGAGUAAAGCUCAGUGUUGCAAACAGGAUAAGUUAGCAGACGUUUCAGGCGUCUUUUAGUGGGUAAAGGUAACACACGACAGUGGUUAAAAUCUUCAAACAAUGGACCAAACUUUAAACUUUAUUUCUACUGGCUAGCGUGGAGCUGACUGGCUCGCUAACGAUUUAGUGCUUGAAUUUUUUUUUUUUAAUUCGGGACAUUAUUAUUGUUGCUUGCUGGAUUUAGCUAACGUAAAUUAGCCUACCAGUAAGUUCACGUUACUUCGGCAACGUUGGGGAAGGCUAGUUCCAGUCUUCCUCUCAUUUCAACUUUGACUAGCUAGUGAACGAACCUGCUAGCCACUCGCAGUGCAAGAUGUUUUCUGUCAAACCUUUGAAGCCAACAUUUAAGUCCUACCUUCCUCCUUUACAGACCGAUUUGAAGAAGACUCCUCAGCCCGCAAAGAAAUUAGAAGCAAAGUUACUUCCAGGAGAGAUCGUGGUGAACGAGGUGAACUUCGUCCGGAAGUGCAUCGGUGCGGACAGCAGCAAGGACGAUCUGUGGGGCAAGCUCGUCUGCACCAACUUCAAGAUCUCCUUCAUUACCCAUGAUGCAUUGCCCCUGCAGAAGUUCCAGUACAGGACCCGGCUGCUGGGAGAGCACGACGUUCCCCUGGCCUGCGUGGAGCAGGUGGUCACAGUGAACGACGCUAAAGGGAAGCAGAAGGUGUUGGGCUCCAACCAGAAGCUGAAGUUCAACCCCACCGAGCUCAUUGUCUACUGCAAGGACUUCCGCAUCAUCAGGUUCCGCUUCGACGAGGCCGGGCCCGAAAGCGCCAAAAAGGUUUGCCUCGCCAUUGCCCACUACUGUCAGCCGGCCGAUCCGCAGCUGCUGUUCGGGUUCGAGUACAUCGGGAAGCGAUAUUAUGGCUCUUCAGGUGACCGGGUCAAUGGUGUGGACCGUGGAGGGGGCCUGCAAACCCCCUUGUUUGACCGUCCCUCUGAAUGGGACCGGGAGAUUAAGAGGACGGGGGCGUCAGAGUGGAGGGUGUGCUCCAUCAAUGAGGGCUAUGCCGUCUCUCAAAGUCUCCCAGAGUACUUUGUGGUGCCCGCGUCCCUGGCUGAUCAGGACCUGAAGCAGUACUCCAGCUUCUUCACGGGCCAUCGAGUUCCCCUGUGGUGCUGGAACCACCCCAACGGCAGCGCCCUGGUCCGAAUGGCCAGCAUCAGGGACCCGGCCCAGCAGAGGAAGCUGGACCAGAGGAUCUGUAACGGCAUCACGAAAAGCCACCCCAAGCGCAGCGAAGCUCUGAAGGCCGACCUGGACAAGUCCCUCCCCAACAUUCAGGACAUCCAGGCUGCCUUCGUCAGACUGCGGCAAGUCUGUGUGAUAGAGCCCUUUGAAGAGUCGGAGGAGAAGUGGCUGUCGUCCGUGGAGAGCUCGCGGUGGCUGGAGUAUGUCAGGGCCUUCCUGAAGAACUCUGCAGAGGUGGUCUUCACAUUGGAGGGAAAAUGUGCAUCCGUCAUUCUGCAAGAGGAGGAGGACCGGGACCUGAGCUGUGUGGUCUCCUCGCUGGUGCAGCUGAUGCUGGACCCUCACUUCCGCAGCCUGAGCGGCUUCCAGAGCCUGGUGCAGAAGGAGUGGGUGAUGGCCGGCCAUCGCUUCAUGGACAGGUGUAACCACCUGAAGAAGAACGACAGAGAGGAGUGUCCUCUCUUCCUGCUGUUCCUGGACUGCGUGUGGCAGCUGAUGAACCAGUACCCAGCAGCCUUUGAGUUCACGGAGACCUACCUGACUGUGCUGAUGGACAGCAUGUGGAUCCCCGUCUUCAGCACCUUCCUCUUCAACGGCCCCCAGCAGCACGUGGAACACACCAGGGAGUUUGCCCAGAAUAAGAACAUCCCGCUUGGAGAGGAUAAGGCGCUGCGUUUCCCCCCGGUGUGGGACUGGUCCCAGCAGUUCAGCCUGAAGGACCAGGCCCUGUUCAACAGUCCUAUGUACGUGGGAAAGGGCGCCACCUGUGUGCAGAACGGGGCAGUGAAGACAUUCAGGCGCAAGAAGAACUACAGCUCCACGCUGCGGGGAGUGCCCUCCCUCCUGCGGAACGGCAUGCUGGGAGAUCUGGACUCGCUCCCCCGGCGGAGCUCCCUGGUGCUGCGGCUGCGGCCGGACCUGUCCCAGCAGCGGGAGGCGGAGAGCCCGUCGGAGCGCUUCCUGCGGGACUGGUUCUCCCGGCCGGCGGACCUGCAGGGCCUGCUCCUGCCCCAGCUGCUGCCCUCCCACCUCCGGCUGUGGCGCCUCUACUUCCUGCGCUGGGUCCCCGAGGCCCAGAUCCCGCGCGGCGGGCCCAUCACCGCCUUCCACAAACUGUCCCUGCUGGCGGACGAGAUCGAGACCCUGCAGACCCGGCUCCGCCAGUACAAGGGCGGCACGCCCGCCUCCACGCCCGGCACCCCCCAGCCCGAGCAGCGCAGGAUGUACUUCAAGGCCCUCUCCCCCCAGGACUCCCCCUCGGCCCCCGAGUACCUGAGCUCCUCCUUCCCCUUCUCCCCCGUGGGCAACCUGUGCCGCCGCAGCAUCCUGGGGACCCCGCUCACUAAAUUCCUGAGCGGCGCUAAGAUCUGGCUGUCCACUGAGACCCUGGCCAAUGAGAGCGUCUGAAACCCCGCACGCCCCGCCCACACGUCUAUCAAAUCCCCAAAUUUAGCAGCUGGGACCUACAGGUGGGAUGGGGAGCAGGACACAGAUCUUGACAGACUUGUUUAGGAUUGUCUUUCCUGCACAAGAUCAAUCCUGCAUUGCUCAAAUAGCAUUUAUAGUGCAGUUGUGCUGUGGUUGCCGUGGUUGCAUUUUUUGGUGGCAAAUUUUGAUUUAAGGACUUAAAAAUAUUUGGGGGGGAAAUCAAUCAAAGUUGAUAUUUUUGAAAUUAAAUGAGGAAAUGUAUAGAAUUUAUUCUGUGGUAGCUGGCAUUUUCUAAUCUGUUUACUUUAACAUAGAAUAUUUUUAUGUUUCCUUCUAAUACCUUCUGGUAAGGUAGUGUGUGUUGUGUUGAAAUUAACAGCCAUUUUGAGCAUCUUUCGCUAAAGGGUAAGGCUGGGGCAGGUAGUUGUAAUCCUGUAUAUAUUCCUCCAUUACAUGCCAUGUCCUGAGGAAAAACCACAGCAAAUCCAUGCUAUUUCCAGAUUUACUUUUGAAGAAAUGCGGUUGUUGGGUUGGGUUGGGUUGGGUUACCGCUAAGGCAGUGAGUUGCCUGGGGCUGGACUUAUUCAUUAGUUGCACUCCUGUACAGAAAUGGGUAAUGGGUAAUAAACGCGUACUAUACUUGAUGCAUUUUACGGACCUUGAGGCAGGCUGGCUAUCUGCCUGAAUUUUAAGGCCCACCCGCUUCCUCUGAUUUGGACGGCGGAGGGGGCGGAGCAGAUGCUGCUAGGACACGCCGGGGAGGCCAGCGGGCUGGCUGGUCCCGGCGGUCGGGCGCUCAGUCCAGUGGGGUCAGUGAUUGAGCCCUUCCUUUUGGGUCUUGCAGCCAUGGUCUGGGCAAAGCUGGUUCCAUUAGUAGCUGGAGGCACAUAGGAGUAUGAUGUGCUGGAGUAGGGAGUAUAAUGUGCUGGAUUGGGCCACUGUCUGUAUCCAGUCACAGGCUGGGUAUGUCUUCUAAAACAUUCUUCCCUUGCUUAAUCCACACCAAACAUUAAAAUGCCCCUAUUAAUCAGCCAAAUCUUUAUAAAGACUUUAGUUUUCUAACAGAACAGGGUUUUUUUUUUUCUUCUUUCCCAGUCUGUUCUGAUAAAUGUUGUACUUUGUUUAAAAGUAGGUACUUUUUUCAGUGAUAUCAGGAUAGAAUUAUUUGAUUUAGUUUACCACUAACUCUUAAUCAUAAUGCACUCUGCUGUUAUUGUUUGAAAUUUGUGCCAUUCAUUUCGGCAGUUUGAUAUUAGUCGACAGAAGUAGUAUUUAUUUAUUCAGUUGCGUAAUACAGGUCAACUUGGGAAAUCGUGAAAUCCACUGUGCCUUUAAAAGGGGAAUUUGGGCUUGAGCUUACACUGUAUUCAAACAACUUUUUGUUCUUCUUUCAAAUGUGCUUUUAAGAGCGUGCUACAUUUUCACAUCACUUUGUGGACUGUGUUUGAAGUCACACUGAAACCAAAGCUUGCCACCACCAGAAGCCAUCUUGGAGCUGCCGCUUCACCAGUUCCCCUUUAACGCAGAAAUGGCCUGAUGACCAUUGUGUUGUGUGUGGUCUGUGUCUGAAUGGUGGUGAUCUGUGCCUGAGUUUCGGGACUCCAGGGUGUUCCGUGAUGAAACGCAGUUUCGCUGCGUACCUCGGUGGUGAAGAGACUCACUGUGGCCUGCUGGGUAAUAACUGUCUGCACUGUAAGUGCAGUGGCACUGCCAGUAGCUUGCAGGCCACAGAAGAGCCAAGCUACGAGUCCAAAUGCAUACAUUACCAAUAACUAAUACUGCAGAUUUAGUGCAAAUAAAGAAGCUUUAACAAUUA